AUGGCCCACCAAACACAUGCCUACCACAUAGUAGACCCAAGCCCAUGACCCCUAACAGGAGCAACAGCAGCAUUACUAUUAACCUCAGGCCUAGCAAUAUGAUUUCACUAUAACUCAACAACACUAAUAACCUUAGGCCUACUAACUACACUCAUAACAAUGAUACAAUGAUGACGGGAUAUUGUACGAGAAAGUACAUUUCAAGGACACCACACUAUACCUGUACAAAAAGGCCUACGAUACGGAAUAAUUCUAUUCAUCACAUCAGAAGUAUUCUUUUUUAUCGGUUUCUUCUGAGCUUUCUACCAUUCAAGUCUAGCCCCAACCCCAGAACUAGGAGGAAGCUGACCUCCAACAGGAAUUCACCCAUUAAACCCAUUUGAAGUCCCUUUAUUAAAUACAGCAGUACUAUUAGCUUCAGGUGUAACAAUCACCUGAGCUCACCAUAGCCUAAUAGCAGCUAACCGAAAUCAAUCAAUCCAAGCAUUAACUAUUACUGUUACAUUAGGAUUAUACUUCACAGCCCUACAAGCCAUAGAAUAUUAUGAGGCACCAUUCACAAUCGCCGAUGGAGUCUAUGGCUCCACAUUCUUCGUAGCAACAGGAUUUCAUGGCCUACAUGUAAUUAUUGGAUCAACAUUCCUAAUCGUAUGUCUACUACGACUAAUCAAAUUCCACUUCACCACUGCCCACCAUUUUGGUUUUGAAGCAGCCGCAUGAUAUUGACACUUUGUAGAUGUCGUCUGACUGUUCCUAUAUAUUUCAAUUUACUGAUGAGGUUAA